AGGCGUCCUUGCAAGGUCGCUUUGUAGAACGAGAGCGCGCGCAAGUGACAAGUCCCUGGUUCGGGGGCGCGCCGUGUCCUUGUGCCUCAGUACUAGCGGAGGUAUGUCGGGGUACACGCCAGAUGAGAAACUGCGCCUGAAGCAACUGCGAGAGCUGAGGAGAAGAUGGCUGAAGGACCAGGAACUGAGCUCGCGAGAGCCGGUGCUGCCCCCGAAAAGAAUGUGGCCCAUGGAAGCAUUCUGGAAUAAUUUUUUGAAGGAUCAGGCCCCCUGGAAGAAUGUGAUCUAUAAGACAUACCGACACAGUAUCUUUGCUUUUACUCAUGUACUUAUACCUGCCUGGAUUAUUCAUUAUUAUCUCAAAUAUCAUGUGAAGACAAAACCAUAUGCCAUUGUUGAGAGGAAGCCCAGAAUAUUCCCAGGUGAUACAAUUCUGGAGACUGGAGAAGUAAUUCCACCAAUGAAAGAAUUUCCUGGCCAACAUCACUGAAGAGAGCUGAAAAAUUUCAAAGGCACAAGCCCAAGUUUGUUGCUACAUCAUAUCUGCUGAAUACAUUUUCUGGAAAUGUAACUUAAUAAAGUUUACUCUCAUG